AUGGGGAAUCUACUACGCCGAGGAAAGCCCAGCACAAACUGGGCAAGGCGAUUUACAAGAUACAACUUGAAAGGUUCAUGGGAGCACCUCCCCCAGCAGGCGGUACCACCCACGCGGGACAACCCCUACGGAGGUCAAGAGGCCAGGAACAUGGCAUACGCACGAACGAGAAGCUCGCAAGGGCAAGGGGGGCACGCGUUCCUGAGAGCGGCUCCCACCGACCGAGCUCGAGAGAUUCCAUCGAACGAAUUCGUCUACGCGACGAGACGCGCCUUGGGAGUUGAAGAAUUCUUGGCGGAAAGAUGUCCCAGGUGCCACAGAGGCAGGGAAGGCGAGAUCAUCACAACGGUGCACGCAAGGACCUGUCCAAGGGAUGGAGCACAGGUCAACAUGCACGAGCCGUUAAAAUACGCACUAUCGAGAGCACUCAACGGCCUUCGCGUCAAACACGACGUUGAAAGCGGGGCACCGUUCACGGGGGAAAGAAACCUGAGCAUGGACAUCGUCAUCAGGCCAGGAGCCCUCACGAACGCAUCUUCUCCGGGGUACCGCAACAAAGGAAUACUCCUCGAUGUCACACACGCAGACCCGCAAGCACAGGUACACUUGCGGAACGGCAGCGCGACCAGCGAUGGAAUCGCAGCCCAAGCAUCCGAGGCGCGAAAGCGUCAGCACUACGCUCGUCCGGGACACGUGUCCUUUGACGAACGCAGCUUUAAACUUACCACCUUAGCCGUGGAAAGCUUUGGCCGCCUUGGAGAGGAGGGUUACGAGUUCAUCGAUGAACUUGCGACACAUGCCGUGGGAGGAAGGGACGGAGGAACGAUGGCUCUGAAAGGAGUCUUCAAGGAACGACUUCUUCAGAUCGUUUCGGUGGCUACACAGGUGGCCAUAUCUCGGCGAGUGCAGAGGUACAAGCUCGCAUUGCGCGGGCGUCAAGACGCCGAAAACAGGCGAACAAGAUUGACCUCGGACCAGUCAACGCCAAUGAUAUGGAGAUGGAGUGUACACGCAUCGUAGAACGCGUUUUCGUUUGAAGUUGGCGUCUUGUUUGAGAGUAGAUGUGACAGAUUUGCGUAGAAUAGGGUAAGAUGUUAUCAUGAACGGAGAAGAAAGGGCUUUUCCAACACGGAGAUGUAGCAUGGAUCAAAGCAUUUGUGGGAUUUCAGCUUUUACAAGAGGACAUCAACGCAGUAGUAUUUUAGCAAGCUUACGAACGCAUAUAGGAUACCAUCAGGAUUGUCCUUGGUUUUAUUUCAAGUUGAAGAGGAGAUAUUUUUACGAUGUAAAUGACAGUAGAAAUAAGUCCUACAUAUUAUGUUGUACUUCGUAUUGGUUUAAUAUUCAUGUAGAGUAUAAUACAUGAAGUAAAAGUUUUCUGAGGUACAUCUGCAAUUGUCGUAAGGCAAAAAAAAAAAAAA